AUGCAAGCAACGGAAUACAUGGGAAACCAGAUGGAGGCAUUGUCUGAUCAGGUUUCAAUGGAUCAACCUGGGCUGAUGGAGGAGGCGACGGGAGGUAUCAGCAAUCCUAUGCCAGCCUCGGAUCCAGAUAACCCGCAAAAUUGGCCUCUGCAUCGCAAAGUCUAUGUCAGCUUUGCCUCAUUCGCAUUUGCUUUUGCAGUCGCGUUUGGACUCACGUCGUACACUGUUGCCGUUGGCGACGUGGUCGCAGAGUUCAAUGUUUCCAUGACCCUCGCCAUCGCACCAUUCUCCCUUUACCUUGUCGGCAUUGCCUUUGCACCGGUUUACACUCCACAUGUCACAGAAAGAUUCGGCCGUGCACCGGUCUACUUUGUUAGCCUGCCAAUUUGCGCCUUGUUUCUCCUUGGAACCAGUCGUGCUCAGAGCAUUGGCGCACUGGCGGUCCUACGCUUCUUCGCCGGUCUCGGAGGAGGUCCAUGUCUCGUGCUCAUCGAGGGUACAUUUGCAGAUGUUUGGCCUGCGGCAACCACUGUAACGUACUACUCAGGCUUGACGCUAGCCUCGUAUCUAGGGGCCGCAUUCGGUCCCAUUAUUCUCGGGAACAUCGUCCCAAGCACGUCCUGGCGGUGGACAGCCUACGUUUCAUUAAUGGUCUGCCUCGCAGCGUAUCUGAUCGGCAUUGGAGUUCCAGAAACAUAUGCUCGAGAGAUCAUCCGCACCCGAGCCCGGCGUGCUGGCAGACCUCACAAUCUUCCCCCAGCCGAAUCAGGCACCACUCUGCGUCGCAUGGCCAAGUUGACCAUCGUAGACCCCAUUGUCAUGGCGUUCACUGAACCCAUAGUCAUAAUGACCACGUUGUACGUGUCCUUUGUGUUCGGGACAACUUUUCAAUGGUUCAUCGCCGUCCCUGCGGCCCUGAAUUUGACAUACGGGUUCGGCAUUCGAUCGUCAGGGCUGGCAUUCAUCUCCGCGGCGGUGGGCGCACUACUCGCAGCUGCCACGGCGACCUUGAUCGAGCAAUUCCUGGUCCUGCGGAAACUGCGGCAGUGCCAGGAUCAGGAGAUGGUGCAGAUGGAGAUCGAGUUCAGACUUGUCCCUGCGAUGGUCGGUGGGGUUUUGAUGACAGGGGCCUUCUUCUGGGUCGGAUACACUACUGUACCUACAGUCAGCUACCCAUUCCCCAUCGUCGGCACCGGCGUCUUCGUCUGGGGCAGCAUGAUGAUUCUGAUAUCCUACAUCUCCUAUCUUUUCGACGCGUACCCGCCAGCCGGGACGCUCUCAGCGCUCACGCUCGCCGCGAGCAUUCGUCUGCUCGUCGCCGCCGCGAUCCCGCUCGCCAUCAUCCAAAUGAUCACAGCUCUCGGCGGCGACUGGGCAUACGGCACUUUCGGCGUAAUCUCCGCCGCGUUGUACCCCAUCAGUUUGGUCAUCUUCAAAUUCGGUGCGAGGCUGCGUAUGAGGAGCAAGUACAGCGCGCAGAGCAUCAUGAUGGUUACCUUGCGCACGCACCAGCGGGUCAAAUCCAUGCCUUCGAUGCCAUAA